CUUGUCUCAGUUUUCUUGUUCUCCUUCCUUUCCAUCCAAUCUCCAAUCGCCAAUCGCCAUGGAUCCACAUGACUACAGCUGGAUUCUCGCCGUCUCGUUCAUCCUCUCCUGUCUCAACGCAUACGCUCUCGGCGCAAACGACGUCGGCAAUGCUUUUGCGACGGCGGUGGCCGCCAAGACGCUGACCCUCCGCCAAGCGUGCGCGAUUGCCCUGUUCACCGAGUUUGGCGGCGGCGUGCUGCUCGGCGCGUCGGUCGCUGACACAAUCAAGGGCAACAUUAUCGACACGAGUCUGUUCACCAGCAACCCUGCGCUGCUCAUGCUCGCAAUGAUGUGCGCUUUGUGCGGAUCAUCGUUUCUGGUGCUGGCUGCGACUUUGAAAGGAUUCCCCGUUUCGUCCACCCAUGCAAUUAUCGGCGCCAUCAUUGGCACCGGUAUCGCUGCCUUUGGUGUGGAUACCGUCGACUGGGGCUGGACCGGUGUCGGCAAGAUUGUUGCAUCAUGGUUUAUUUCGCCCUUCCUCUCGGGCUUCAUUUCGGCCGCCAUCUUCCUCAUCUCCAAGUACACUGUCCUCGUCAAACCCAACUCGUACGCACGGGCUCUCAAGGUCAUUCCCGUCUUUUUCUUUUUGACAUUCCUGAUUGUCACUUUUUUCAUCUUGUACGAUGGCGCGCCCGAUCUCAACCUCAAGAAUGAGAAUCCCGGAAUGAUUGUCGGCAUCGUGUUUGGCGUCGGCAUUGUGGCUGCAGUUUUCGCGUACUUUUACUUGGUCCAAGUCAUUCGCUUGCGAGUUGAAAUCCGGCCGCAACGCCCGCUGUACCAGGACUUGCUUUACUUUUACUUUGGACGGCCGCAUCUGCCUGCGUAUGUCGGCGAUGAUGCUGCCCUUCCUCUGUGUGGCAAUGAACCUGAGCAUGCUGAGCCUCACCACGACGAAGCACCCCAGCCGUUGAUUCCGGAAGUGUCACGCUCAAACUCGUACGGCUCCACAACAGACGAGCCGCUCGCACACGGAUCGGUUGGCGGCGUCAACGAGGCCAAGCCUCCUCAAGUGGAUGCAGCUCAAAAGAGCUGGUUUGGGAAGGCGCUUGCCGCGGCCUCGAGUGGCAUGGACAAGGACAUUGUGUCUGCAGAGAGCGAGGCACAGGCCCACAUGAUGUCGCAGGCCACCAAGUUUGAGACGCGCACUGAGGAGACGUACAGCUUCUUGCAAGUCCUUUCGUGCGUGUCGAUGAGUUUUGCGCACGGCUCCAACGAUGUGGGAAACGCGGUGGGCCCGAUCUCUGCGGUCUGGUACAUUUGGCAGAAUGCGGCCGUCGCUGGCACCAAAACCGACGUGCCCGUGUGGCACUUGGCCAUCGGCGGUGCUUGCAUCAAUCUGGGGCUCCUGACGCUUGGCUGGCGAGUCAUGAAAACGCUUGGCAACAAGCUGACCUACCAGUCGCCAUCGCGAGGCUUUUGCACCGAGAUUGGCGCCAUUCUGACUGUGCUUACCGCUUCCAAGUUGGGGUUGCCAGUCAGUACAACCCAUGCAAUCACUGGCUCGAGCGCAUUUGUUGGCCUUGCUUCGUCCGGAUCGGCCAAAACGGUCAACUGGCGCUUGCUUGGAUGGUGCUUCCUGAGUUGGAUUGUGACGGUGCCAAUUGCAGCCUUGAUCUCUGGACUCUUGUUUGCCAUGAUUGUCAACUCGCCACGGGUUUAAAAGACAAUCUUCUUUUGUUUGCCCGAGCUAUCAAAACUGAUUGUAUAUUCUGUUAUAGCCCAAUACAAAACAAAAACAAAACGC